ACUCUCGCUGUGAGCUUGUGUGUGUGGUGGAAGCGACAUUUAUCUUCUGCGAGACACUGUUGUCCCUGAAUCCCCCCCAUCAAAAGAAUGGGCUCGUGGUAUUUUGUGCUCCUAAAUACUUUUUAAAACCCCCAGUGCUUCUUUUUCUUCCAGCGAUGAGCACUGCUCUAGCAUCCUGCAGAGCAAAGAUAGGAAGUUUAAUAUCAUGAGAAAAUUCCUUUCUUUCUUUCUUUCUUUCCCACGUAGAAAUUGGAGGUUUCCUUCCUAUGUUUUUGUUUGUUUAUGGAUUGGUAUAAAAUUAUUCGGGUUACUCAUUUCACAACGCUGCCUUUAGGUAUUUAUCACUAAGAGCUGAUUAAUGCAUUCAUUCAUUCAUUCAUCUUCAGUAAACACUUAUUCCUUAUCUGGAGACUAUACCAAGAACACUGGGUGCAAGGCAGGAAUACAGCCUGGAUGAGAAUCCAUUGCAGGACACUAUAAAUACACUCAUUCACACCUAGGGGCAAUUUAAAUUAUUUAUUGGAAGGUGGAAGGAAAGCAGAAAACCCACAUGCACAUGAUCAUGGACAUGAAGAAAAGUCCACACAUCCAGUGACCCAAUCUCGGGCUCAAACCGAAAGUUAUGAAGCAGAAACGUUACCUGCUGCACCAUUGUCCUGCUGUAGCUGAUUAAUGACAAAUAAUGAAAUGCUUGUUCUUUGCCCCAAUAUUCAAAAAAGACAGUGAAGCAUAAAUACAAACAGUGGUUAGAUACUAAGUCAAAACAGUGCUCAGAGGACAUAAAAUCUGUAGCUUCUACUCACAUCUGUACCCAGUAAGCAGGAAAUGACUGUUCUUAAAUGCAUGACAUAAUUGAUCACAUAUAAUUUUACUGUACUUACGACAACUGCUCAGACUCUCCACAGCAUUCUGUCCAAAACAAGCAAAUUCCUGCUAUUAAAUAUGGGCAUGUAUUAUAAAUCAUAAUAUGUCAUGACAUCACUGAGAAUCCUCACCAUGAGCAACUAAUAUCUAUGUAUCCCAGUGUAUAUCGCAUACUAAAUAGUUUUGGAUCUUCAAAUGAAAUACACCGUAAAACAAAGGCAACCUGAGUAAACACACAAUACAGUUUUAUUUUUAUUUUUUUUUUUAUUGAAGAAAAAGACACCUAUCACCCAUGUGAAAAACUAAUUGCCCCCUUAAACUUUGUCUGGUUGUGCCACCUUUAGCAGCAAUAACUACAACAAAACACUUCUGAUAACUGGAGACCAGUCUUUCACUUAUUUCUAGGACUAAGACUUACUCCUAUGCUUUGGAUGAUUGUCUUGCUGCUUAAUCCAGUUGUGCUUGAGUUUCAACUGAAGGCUGGACAUUCCCCUUUAGGAUUUUCUGGUAGGGAGCAGAAUUCAUGUUUCCCACAACAACUGCAAGUUGCCCAGGCCCUGAAACAGCAAAGCCUCCACACACCAUCACACUUCCACCACCAUGCUUGACCACAGGUAUGUUCCACUCUUCCGUGGAUGCCAUUUUUGCCCUGAUAUUGGAGUCAUGAACAGUGAUCUUUAUUGAUGCAAGAGAGGCCUGUAGGUCCUUUGAUGUUGUUCUUGGCUCUUUUGUGACUUGCUGCAUGAGUCGUUGCUGUGCUCUUGGAGGAAUUUUUGAAGGUCGACCACUUCUGGGAAGGUUCACUACUGUGCCGAGUUUUUCCAUUUGGAGAUAAUGGUCUUAAUGUGAAGUCACUAUCCUUUGGAGUCCCAGAGCCUUUGAAAUAGCUUUGUAACCCUUCCCAGUCUGAUGUAUUUCAAUCAUUUUCUUCCUCAUCAUUUCUGGAAUUCUUUAAAUUUUGGCAUAGUGUGUUACUGUGUAAGACCUUUUAACCAACUUCAUGCUGUUGAAAAAGUUCCAUUUAAGUGGUGAUUUGAUUGAACAGGGUUUGUGUCACGAGUUCCCCUUUAAGCAGCGCGCUGUGGAGCAUGUGAGCGUGCGUGCACGAGCAGGAGCACCUGCUUUUCCCUUGUGGACAAUCGUGACAUUUCGACACGUGCAUUUGUUUAUGUUGUUUACGUCACGAUACGUGACAGAAUAUUCCGCCCAUCAUGGAUGCAGCACGAGAACGAAGAGAACGCAGAACCUGGAGGUCCACGCCAAUCAUCCCCGCCUUGGAUUCUAUGCAGUUCUCGCAAUGGACUUUCAUGGACCUUCCCGAUUGAUAUGAUGGCUUCUUUGGUUAUCCGGACUAUUUUAUGAUAGACUGCCAGAGUUACUUCUCGAGCCUGUUUGACCUGAAGCCAAGGGAGAGACAGUGGAUUAAGUUCAUGAUGUCCCGAUUUUUUGGCCCAGCUCGCAAGUGGGCACAGCGAGUAGCAGCCAUGAGACCCCGGGUACUGGAGGACAGUAGGCAGUUUUCGGACCGGUUUCUGAGGGAGUUUGGAGAACCAGGGCAGAGCUACAACUUGGAUGAGCUGUUGAAGGGAGUUAAUGUGGCGAACAGUGCUGAUCUUCCAUUCCACAUGCAUUAUGAGCGGAUGAGCCACCAAGUUGAUGUUAACACAGACAACCAAGUCCCUGAGGUCCAAGUCCAAGUCAAGUCUCAAGUCCCUGAGGUCCAAGUCAAGUCUCAAGUCUCUGAAAUCCAAGUCAAGUCUCAAGUCCCUGAGGUCCAAGUCAAAUCUCAAGUCUCAAGUUCCUGAUGUCACACCUAAGUCUACUGAUACGGCCGACCAAGUUCUGCUCACGCCCAAGUCUAACGACACGGCCGAUCACGUUCUGCUCAAGCCCGAAUCUAUCGACCCGGUCGCCCAAGUUCAGCCCACGUCGAGUCUGCCGACCCGGUCGCCCACAUUCAGCCCACGCCCGAGUCUGCCGACAUGCACAGCCAAGUUCUGCCAAAGCCCGAGUCUGCCGACACGCACAGCCAAGUUCUGCCAAAGCCCGAGUCUGCCGACACGCACAGCCAAGUUCUGCCAAAGCCCGAGUCUGCCGACACUCACAGCCAAGUUCUGCUCACGCCCGAGUCUGCCGACACGCACAGCCAAGUUCUGCCAAAGCCCGAGUCUGCCGACACGCACAGCCAAGUUCCACUCAUGCCCAAGGUUCACCUGGUGACCUCAGAGCCUCAGCGUCCCUGUUCAGCUGUGGACGUCGCUCAGCCUCCCUGUUCA